AUGGGGCCAGCCGCGCCGCCGUCCGAAGCCGCCGCGGCGGCCGACGAUGUGGUGCUCCCGUACAUCUCGCGUAUUCUCAUGGAGGAGGACAUCGACGACGACAUGUUCUUCUGCCUGUACCCCGACCACCCCGCUCUCCUCGAGGCGCAGCAGCCGUUCGCCCAGAUCCUCUCCUCCUCCUCCAGCAUCGCCGGUGAGGUGAACAGUGCACCCAUGGAGGAUUCUGCUGCCUUGAUGAUGCAGGGGAGCGGCAAUGGUAGGGGACGGAAGGGUAGUAAGCAUGGCGGGGACGAGCUGGAGGCCGAGGCAUUCCACGGGGAGACGAACGCGCCGCGCGUCCCCGCGGAGAAGAAGUGCGGGAAGGCGGCGCGGCGGAGGAGGAGGCAGGCCAAAGGGGAGGUGGUGGACCUGCGCGAGCUGCUCAUGUCGUGCGCGCAGGCGGUGGCAUCGGGCAACCGCCGGAGCGCCGGCGAACUCCUGGAGCAGAUCAAGCGGCACUCGUCGCCGACAGGGGACGCCACCGAGCGGCUGGCGCAUUACUUCGCCGAUGGCCUGGAGGCGCGUCUGGCCGGCGCGGCGAGCCUGGAGCGCCGGCUGGUCGCGUCCGCGGAGGAGCGCGCGUCGGCCAUGGAGUUGCUGGAGGCGUACCAGGUGUUCAUGGCGGCGUGCUGCUUCAAGUGGGUGGCGUUCACGUUCGCCAACAUGGCCAUCCUCCGCGCGGCGGAAGGGAGGAACAGGCUGCACAUCGUGGACUACGGUGGUCAGUACCACGGCCUCCAGUGGCCAUCCUUGCUGCAGCGGCUGGCGGAGAGGGAAGGCGGGCCGCCGGAGCCCGACGGCUCGAGAGGACGGGGCGCCGGCUCAGCAACUGCGCGCGCGCGUUCGGGCUCCCCGUUCAAGUUCCGCGCCGUGGCGGCGGCGAGGUGGGAGACGGUCACCGCCGAGGACGUCGUCGGCGUCGACCCCGACGACGAGGCGGCGGUCGUCGUGAACGACGUGCUCAGCCUGGGCACCCUGAUGGACGAGAGCGGCGUGUUCGACGACCCGAGCCCGCGGGACACGGUCCUGGGCAGCAUCCGCGACAUGCGCCCGGCGGUGUUCGUCCAGGCCGUGGUGAACGGCGCCCACGGCGCGCCCUUCUUCCCGACGAGGUUCCGGGAGGCGCUCUUCUUCUUCUCGGCGCUGUUCGACAUGCUGGGCGCGACGACGCCGGAGGAGGGGAGCCACCUGCGGGUGGUGCUGGAGAGGGACGUGCUGAGGCGGGCGGCGGUGGGGGUGAUCGCGGGGGAAGGGGCGGAGCGGGUGGAGCGGCCGGAGACGUACAGGCGGUGGCAGGCGAGGAAUCGGCGGGCGGGGCUGAGGCAGGCGGCGGUGGAGGGCGACGUGGUGGAGGCGGUGAGGAGAAGGGUGAGGAGGAGGCAUCACGAGGAGUUCGUGAUCGAGGAGGAUGCAGGGUGGUUGCUGCAGGGGUGGAAGGGGCGCAUCCUGUACGCUCACUCGGCGUGGGUCGUGGCAGAGGAUGGUGCGCACUAGGCAGCAGGCGCCGGUGGUGGUGUUCGUGUGUGUUCUGGGAUGGGAAUGCGUGUUUGCUUCUGUAACGUUGAUCAGUGAAGCUAUGGAGCGUUUCUUCCCUGGAGCAACUAGCGUUGGAGACUUGGAGAGCUCACAACUCACAAGAGUAAACAAGUUUAGUGGCAAUGAUCCUUUCAGCUCGGGACGAGCGUUCAUUGUCCACUAAUGUCAUACCGGGAUGUAUCAUGUAUGAAGGCUAGCUCAGAAACAUAGAUAGCUUAUUAAUUCAGUGUCAUUGCAGCUCAUGUGCAGAAUAUUUGUCGAGCUCUGCCUUCCACUGCAUCGACUAAUGAACUGCAAGCGCAAAAGUUCGAUGCAGAUCACACGAGAGAACAACUGUUGACGUUCAGAAAUGCAAGAAGAUACUUUUGCAUAUAACUGUUAGCAAUUCUCAGUUCUCACCGAAAACACCCCGACACAGUGCCCCCUCCACUUUUAUCCGGGCUUGGGACCGGCAUUGGCAGUGUUAGGCACCCCCUACCCCAAACAGAACACCCCAACAUUCCGUCUACAGAUAUGAAGCAAGUGAAAAAAAAAUUUAAUUCAAAGGCAAAAGAAUCAAGUUAAGCUACCCAUAGCCCAUCAAACAUCAAGGAAACCAAAAGGUUUAACACAAAACAACUAUAAUCACAAAUCAGUCAUCAGUAAUUCA